AAUGCCUUAUUCUUUACUAUGUUGUAUAUGAAAAAUGUCUUAUUUUAUAAACUUAAGUAUUUUAUGCCCUAAUUAUGUGAAAUACCUAUUUUACCUUUUGAUGUUGAUGGGUUUGCUUGGUUUUUUGUGAAAGUGUUACAAAUUUGACCGAUUUGUUAAUCGAUUUGACAGCUAUCAGUCAUAAAAGUCAACGAUUUAACAGCUAUCAGUCAAGAGUACGUAUGAUCGGUGGAUAGCUAGAUCAUGUGUCCGCCCAGGCGGACACAUAAUUUCACUCUGGGUGAUAAAAUCAUGUGUCAGCCCGGGCGAACGCAUGAUCUAGCCAUCCACAGAUCAUAUGUACUCUUGACUGAUAACUGUCCAAUCUUUGACUUUUAUGACUGAUAGCUGUUAAAUCGGUCAACAAAUUAGUCAAAUAUGUAAGACUUGCACAAAAAACCAAGCAAAUCUAUCAAAUCAAAUGAUAUUUAAAGAAUAAAGCAUAAAAUGCUUAGGUUUAUAGAAGAUGACAUUUUUCAUAUAUAAUUUAAGGAAUAGGGCAUUUUAAAUUUUCACUCUUAACCUAAACUAAUACAAAUUCUCUCUCUCUCAAAAAAAAAAAAAAAAAAAUUCAUCCAUCCAAAUAAAGCCCAAUGCUUUUUCCGAUCUCCACAGUUAUUUUUGUUAAAGAAUAAAGAAAAAAAAAUAUUUUGUUAGAUUCAUUUUCUUCAGAAAACAGAACUCAAUAUGUACUACUACUAUGUCCAGUCCAAUGUUGCACUCUCUCUCUCUAUCAAGCCAAUAAAAUACUGUAGUUUUUUUUUUUGGAGGACCAAUAAAAUAAUUUUAAGGUGAGGUUCCAAAGUCCAAUCAUGUUCCUCAAAAACUACAAAAGGUCGAAAUAUUUUACACACAACUUGUACAAUUCUUACAUCGCCUUUUAGCCUAAUUUCUAGGAGAUGCGUGUGUUUUUAGCGUGUCUCUCUUGCCCAAAAAAAAAAAAAAAUAUGCUGUGGACCCUUUAAUUCUCCCAUACAUUGUAUCUUCAACAACCUUUUUUUCAGUGAUUUUUCCAUAUUUUAAUCCGAUGAUUUAUUCAGAUUUUGUGCUGUACUAAUCCCAAUCUCGCAAUUGGAACUGUUCAUUUCAGGUUCGAAUUCUGCAAGGUCAAAUCCAAGUUUCAGUAGUUUUGGUGAGUUGAAUGUGUUUCUCGAGUUAGAUGUGAAGCUGUUUAUGUGAAACUAUGGAAGGAAAUUUGUCUAGUAGAAGUGGGAUGCAAGGCAACACUUCUUUCGGGGGUUUCGAUUUGCAAGGGCCGCUGAGGGUUCAUCAUCACCAGCAGCAGGCACUCGCGCCUCAUCAUCAGAAUCUUAGACAAGGAUCAUCGAUGGUUCAUCACACGAUCCACGAGAAUUUCCCCCUAACAAUGGGAAGCAACCAAGAAGAGCCGUCUUUCUCGCUGACGGACUACAAUAAACUGGAUAGUAGGGGUAAGUCCGCGAGUGAUGAGGAUGACCCGAGCUUCACAGAGGAUGCUGCUGAUAACAGGAGUGAUCCGAGCAAAGGCAAGAAGGCAUCUCCAUGGCAGCGUGUGAAGUGGACCGACAGCAUGGUGAGGCUGCUGAUCACAGCCGUUUCAUACAUUAGUGAGGAGGCGGCUGCUGAGUAUGGAGGUGGUGGUGGUGCCCGGAGGAAAUACGCUAAUUUGCAGAAGAAGGGGAAAUGGAAAUCUGUUUCCAAAGUUAUGGCUGAGAGGGGGCAUUUUGUUUCACCACAGCAGUGUGAGGACAAAUUCAAUGACCUCAACAAACGGUACAAGAGGCUGAACGAGAUUCUAGGAAGAGGAACAUCGUGUGAGGUUGUCGAGAAGCCUGCACUUUUAGAUGUGAUGGAUCACAUCCCGGAGAAGGCAAAGGAGGAGGUGCGGAAGAUUCUGAGCUCAAAGCAUUUGCACUACGAAGAAAUGUGCUCUUACCAUAAUGGGAACCGGCUGCAUCUCCCCGCGGAUCCCGAGUUGCAGCGCUCGUUGCGGUUGGCUCUCAGGAGCAGAGAUGACCACGACGAAAGUGAUGCAAAAAGGCAUCUAAAUGAAGAUAACGAUGAGGAUGAUCAAGAGGGUGAAUAUGAUGAUCACGGUGAAUAUGAAGAUAAUCAAGUGCUAGCCGGAGAUCACAGGGCGUAUCUGCUAGGGAAUUCGGCUAAGAGGGCGAAACAAUGCCAGACUCACGACGAAUUUAGUUUCAGAAAUUCUUUGAAUUCUUUAGAUUGCAACAAGACAUUCAGCUUUCAGGUAGAAAACACCGACUCUGAUGCAAACAGAGCUCCUGCUGAGGGCUCCAAAACGAAUGCCAUCGUACAGAAGCAGUCGUUGAGCCAAUGGAAUCUCCAAAUAGAGGAGCAGAGGCUAAACAUAGAAAUGCAGAUGUUGGAAUUGGAGAAGGAGAAGUUCAAAUGGCAGAGAUUUUGUCGGAAAAAGGACCGGGAAUUGGAGAUUAUGAGGAUGGAAAUCGAGAGGAUGAAACUUGAGAAUGAACGUAUGGCCUUGGAUUUGAGACGAAAGGAAUUAGCUAUUGACAGCAGUUAACACUCUCUUCACCUGCAUUUACAAUGCAGUAUGUCAAAUUCUCUUCUAUCAAUUAGAAUCGUUCCUUUUUGAUUUAA